AUGGCUUCUUCUGAGCACUAUGUGGUAGUUUUCCCUUUCAUGGCUCAAGGCCACACCCUGCCGUUGCUGGACUUGUCCAUGGCCAUUUCGGGUUUCGGGGUCAAAGUCACAAUCAUCACGACCCCAUCGAAUGCCCCAAAGAUCCUAUCAGAAGUCUCGAUGAACCCAAACAUCGCCCUUUCCAUACUCCCAUUUCCCAGAGUUGAGGGCAUCCCUGAGGGCUGUGAGAACACCGCUGAUUUGCCCUCUGGGGAUCUCUUCCUCCCUUUUGUGGCUGCGACUAAGUCCCUCAAGCAACCAUUCGAGGAUUUCCUGAGGAAUGCGUGCGAGACCGGGCGUGCCCCUCUGUGCGUCAUCUCGGACUUCUUCCUGGAAUGGACGCUCGAUGUAUGUAACUUAUUCGGCAUUCCUAGGAUUGUGUUCCAUGGUUUGGGUGUGCUGACGAUGUCUAUCUCCAAGGCUGCUUUCCGGAAUGCCCUUGGAUUGGACGGCAUUAGAGGUGAGCAUGAUCCUGAGGAUUCUCGCCCUCUUGAUCUGAAACCCCUGGGUAUAAGCCUUGCGUUCACAGUUUACAAGACCGACAUUCCUGCCCUGAAUAGGUUGAAGGAUCUGAACAAUCCAUGGAGGAAAGCCCUGGCGGAGACUGAAAAAUCAGACGAGAACAGCUGGGGUGUCCUAGUGAACAGCUUUGAGGGACUGGAGGGCGACUAUGUUGCUUCCCUGGAAAGUGUUUUCAAUCAUGGGGCAAGGGCUUGGUGUGUUGGCCCAGGACUGCUAUGGAAGCUGCCUUGCCAAGCCGAUAUCCUGCCCCAAAAUCACAAAUCUAACCCAUACAUGGAGUGGCUCAACGUCAAAUUGGUGGAAAUGGACGGUGUGAUUUACGUAUCGUUUGGAACACAGUCUCACCUAUCGGAUAAGCAGAUGGAUGAGAUUGCCCGCGGGCUGGAAAUGUCAGGAAAGGCAUUCGUCUGGGUGGUUAGGUCGACAAGUUGGGCGUGUUCCGACAUAGGGUGGGAAGCAAGGGUGAAGGACAAGGGGUUGGUGGUGCGAGACUGGGUGCACCAACGGGCCAUCCUAACACACCCUUUAGUGCGGGGGUUCAUCAGCCACUGUGGAUGGAACUCAGUGCUCGAAAGCUUGUGUUCCGGGGUGCCUAUACUGGCUUGGCCAGUGGACCAUGAUCAACCGCUAAAUGCUCGAAUUGUGGCGAAGAGGUUUGGGGCUGGGAUCAUGCUGAAGGAGGAGGGGGCUGUCGGAGGGAUAAUCGGGGCCGAUUUGAUAUCGAAGGGGGUGAAGGAACUGAUGGGGGGAGAGAGAGGAAGGCAGGCCAGGGAGAGGGCAGGGGAGAUAGCGAGGAAGGCAAGGGAAGCAGUGGAAAUUGGCGGGUCUUCUUACAAGAAAUUGGAUGAACUGAUUCAAUGUUUGAAGAGGGAGAAAAAGGCGGGAGAUAUGGGUCUUGAUUGUUGAAGUAAUUAGUUAGGAGCAUCAAUAAGAGCAAUGAUAAC